CAACGCCAGGUACGGCAUGCAGAUGACCUCUUUGUCUGCUGCAACUUCCCUACGACGCACGCGAAGUGGGGCGCAAUAUACAUCUGAGCCGCGUCCGGAUACCCGGAAACGUGCGAGAACUCCGGCGAGCUCGCCGUUGAAACACGCUGUGAGGACACGACCAGGGAGGAAGAGGGCGAGUACCAGCCAGGUAGUUCACAUCGACGAGACUGUUUUCGUCUCCGAUGAUGACGACGAUGAUGACGACCAGCCUGCGGAGAACCUCAUCCCUAUCAGACCCACUACACGGUCUGCGACCAAGGUGACACCUGCCAAGGCUGUACCUCAUGCGCAUCCCACGAGCGCGGACAUUAACACGGACGACGGGCUGGGUGAUGAAGAUGCGGAUGGAGAAGACGACGAAGACAUGGAUGCGGAUGGAGAACCGGACCCGGAUGCGUAACUUGCUUGUGCUAUCAACAAACCCAUCAACAGUUCCUUGGCUGUUUACAGUUUCUCAAAUUUCUUGUUCCUUUUUGGGCAAUUCAACCUGUAACUCUCACAAUGUACUAUACCCU